AUGGACGCCCUUCAGCCUAGGGCUGGAGGGCACUCCCCCUCACCAUCGACAAAGUCGUUUGCCUCCCUUUUUGCAAAUGAAUCUCCAUCUCCAAUUGAUCUCAAGAAGCCGGCAGCGCAUAGAGGUGAGCCUGCGAUUUUCUUUUCACGCGAAGAUAUUGUAAAGCUGGCUGCUCCAUAUAAAUUUGCGUUAGUUGGUAAAUUUUCUCACGGUAGGCCGAAACUGGAUGAGGUUCGCAGAUUCUUCUCCAAGUUGGAUUUGAAAAAUCCUGUCACCAUUGGGCACUUAGAUGCUCGACAUGUUCUACUGAGAUUCACUCUUGAAGCCAAUUUCUUGCUUGUUUGGACUCGGGGGCUGUGGCAAAUUGGAAGGUUUCCAAUGCGAGUGUUUCGCUGGUCGCCAGAUUUUCAUGUCAAUCGGGAGUCCUCUCUAGCUCCAGUAUGGAUUGCUCUUCCAUGUUUACCAAUACAUUUUUUUGAUAAACACAGUCUGCUCUCAAUUGCAACUAUGGUUGGACGGCCGUUGUAUGUCGAUGCAGCUACUUCAUCACUGAUUCGUCCCAGCGUGGCUCGGGUGUGUGUGGAGGUUGAUCUCUUGCAGCCUCUGCCACAGUGUGUUUUGCUGGGAAUGGAUGGAGAUGCGGAUGGUUUUUGGCAACAGAUUGUUUUUGAACGUCUUCCCCAAUAUUGUAACAAAUGCUGGCAUAUGGGUCACGCAAGGGAAGAUUGUAGGGCUACUGAUCCGAAGUUCAGGCUAAAUCGUUUGGGUAAGGAGCUCCAAGCUGCUGUAGCGGAUGAGGUGAUAGAGAUUACAGGAACCUAG